UCGUUAUUUAAAUAGCUAAGCGUUUGUAUUUAGCUUAUGACGGAGUAUAUGGGUCUGGACCCACAGUAUACAUCCUCAUACAACUCAAGCUCGGCCAGACUCGCGUCUUACGUGAUCCCUUGGUCAUGCCCCUCGUCAGGAGUCCAAGAGCAGCAUCCCAAAGAGGCAUCUCCACCGAAGAAGGCUGGCAGAGUGACAGACAACACUCACACCCAUCACCCAUUGUCUGCGACCCCUCAUCCACAACUCGGCCAGUGUCACAUGAGGACACCACGUCACAGGGCGAGACAGUACUCAUGGCAUGAACACUCUGCCAGACCUCACCUACGAACUAGGGGCUCUUUGUAGCGACAAUCGAGGUGAAGUGUCAUGCUUCCAGGGCAAAGAAUUUCCCCAGUAGCAAGCACAAGACAGUUCAUCCCACAAUCAAGCUAGUCGCUAGAUCCCAUGUUCACCCCUCGGCCGUGGCCAACUGGUUCUCUACUACGAAUAGUUGGAUGUAGUUUGUCUUCGGCGUAUUAGCAGUCUCACGCAGCAUGACGUGGCCACAGAUGGUGGCCGAGCAAGUCCUAAUAAAUCAGAAACUAGAAGCGCAAGGAAUCCAACUGGCAGAGAUUGCAGCCUCCUUGGUUGCGCUCACAAAGGCUCUCGCGCCGCCAACAGCGGAGGAGCAUUCAUCGACGGUGGCUUCACUCGACGUGGCAGCAACAUCCUCGUUCGGAACUGGACUGUGCAACACCUCUCUCAUGACGCUGCAAUCGUUUGACAGAGAAGACCAGAUCGGAUGGGUUGAUAGGGCUGAGCAACAGUUCAAACCGAACUGGACUCUGCCAGGAAAUAAGGUGGCAGCCGUUGUAGUUGCGAUGGAAGGAUCAGCCGUAUACAAUUUUGAGAUUACACAUGUGUUGAUGGCUCAUUUUGACUCACGGUUUAAGGGCAAGUGCUUCGAAUGGUUGUCCGGAGUCAAGCAGACAAGGACUAUGGAGGAGUACAUCUCAAUUUUUGUUCAACUAACAAUUCAUGUCUCAAGGCUAUCUGACGAUCAUUAUUUGGGGUAUUUCAUGAGCGGGAUGAAAAUGUUGAGUGACAGCUUUCCUAAAGAUACUGGGCAGCCUCGGGGACAUAUGAGAGCUGGUUUCCGGAUUUCAACCUUGAGGACAAGGUUGUUUCGAAGGAGGAUGGAUUGAUAGAGAGCGGGGAGAUCAAGGGGCAGGAACGAGUUUGGCUAGGAUUAUAGUUUUAUUUGUUAUUAUAAAGUUUAUGUUAUGUUUGCUAGUUUGGGCCUAUUGUUAGAAGAGUAAUUAGUAGAGUUAAUUUGGGCCUAAUUGAGGUUUAAUUAAUUUGGGCUCAAUUAGGGUUUCUGUUAGUCUCUUACUAUUAGACUAUUUAUACCCCUUGUCAGGGUUCAUUCGUGGUUAUCUUGGAACAAAGUUGAAUUUCAGCCUUUUGGCUCUUAGCAACGGUUUUUAUCAUUGAUUAUCUGGGCAACGAUUUACCCCGUUCGAUUUUUAUUUUUCUGUUCUCAACAUUUUUUCAAACAUUUUUUCACGAUGGAAUAAAGCAUAAUGACUCACUAAAUUGUUUGCGCUUCUUUAUUAUGAAGCAGAAAUCAGUCCAUGCAAUUUUUGACACGAUUUUCGUCAUGGGUCAUCCGGAAACAGUCUCUCCGUGCUCUACUACAAUGGUAAGGCUGCGUACACCUAACUCCCCU